GAGUACCUACACACGUGUCAGCUGACUGAUCACAUGACUGUUUUCGGACGUGCGGAUCAACAUGACGAGCUGAGACUCAUGGCUAUGGCUCCGGUGUUGAAUAUUUGCGUGGUUUUAUCUUUCAGUUUUUUAGCAGUGAGUUGCGAUGUAGGCGAUAUGGUGCUGGGACAGAGGCCGGAGUCCCCGGAGUCGCUGGGUGCAGAUUGUGGUUGUAAGGGACUGAAGAGAGAAGUUUCUGUUGGUGUAAGGGAUGUAAACACACUGGAGCAUCACGAUGAUGCAAAUAUUUACUCCAAAACAGCAAACGAGGGUCCAGACAAGACUGAGUCUGAUGUACGCAGUAAGCUGGUGCUGCUGCCGGGAGGUUGGUUUUUGAUGGGAACAGAUGAUCCAGGAAUACCACAGGAUGGAGAAGGGCCUCAGAGGAGAGUGAAGCUGGAUGCUUUUUACAUUGAAGAGCAUGAAGUCACAAACCAGCAGUUCCAGCACUUCACCAACCAGACCGGUUACAUGACUGAGGCUGAGCGUUUUGGAGACUCCUUUGUUUUUGAGGGACUGUUGAGUAAAGAAGUGAAGAGCACUCUGUCACAUGCGGUGGCUGCUGCUCCUUGGUGGUCACCAGUGAAAGGUGCAGACUGGAGACACCCAGAAGGAACAGAUUCAACCAUAGACAACAGGAUGAAUCACCCUGCUCUGCAUGUUUCAUGGGCUGAUGCACAGGCGUACUGUCAAUGGGCCAAACGCAGACUUCCUACUGAAGCCGAAUGGGAGUUGGCCUGUAGAGGAGGACUACAGGACAGGAUGUACCCAUGGGGAAAUAAAUUAAUGCCAAGAGGGCAGCACUAUGCUAACCUGUGGCAGGGAGAUUUCCCUAAUCACAACACUGCAGAGGACGGAUAUGCCAACACAUCCCCGGUGAUGUCUUUUCCUCCCAAUGGCUUUGGUCUGUAUGACAUGGUGGGAAACGCAUGGGAGUGGACGGCAGACUGGUGGACUGUGCAUCACACUGCAGAAGACAAGUUUAACCCUAAGGGACCAGAAUCAGGGACAGACAGAGUCAAGAAAGGAGGAUCCUACAUGUGCCACAAGUCUUACUGCUACAGAUACAGGUGUGCAGCCCGCAGUCAGAACACACCGGACAGUUCAGCCUCGAACUUGGGCUUCCGCUGCGCCUCUGAUGUUGAUCCAUAACCUCAAACGUCACUGAUCUCACUUUAUUACACCUUCAACUAAGAGGGAUUUUGUUUUUAUGUAAAUUAAAACCAUUUGUAGAAGUUU